GUUUUGUUUACCUCCACAAUGUCAAAAUGGCUUUGAUCAACAAAAAUAAUACAAAAAUUUUCGAUCAAUAAAUUUCAUUACUGUAAUAUUUUCUUGAAAAGUACAGAAGUACAUUAGUGAAUUCAGUUAUCUCACACGGACCUGUUUGUAUGGUAGGCACUUUACAGCAGGUCAAGUGUGAAGGACGUCUGAAAAUGGACCAUUUUUGGCAUGCCCUUUCGAAAGAGGUGGGGCGCAUUCCGGACACCCUGAAAAACAUCCUGGAAGUUACCGAGUACAUCAACGCCGGGCUGGGCUUCAUCGGUAACGAUGAGAUAGCGGCCAUCGAAGACGACGUCCGACUGUUGCCAAAGAUCAUGAGCAAACCGGCGGACGAUCCCACGAUGGUAAAGUACUUUGGCCGAUUUGCACACUGCCCGAAUGAGUUCCGAUUGAUGGCCGGCGAAAGGGCCAUACUGAAGAUGAUUUCCAGCUGCAUUCAGCGCAAGGGAAUUGCACACUACAUGAAGACGGUGGAGCGCCGCGAGAAAGAAGUGGCCGUUGUCCAGGGAAGUGUCGAUCAGGUGGCAAACGAAGUGCGCAAGAAGAUUGUGGACUUUUACACUGACAGAUGUGAUGGAAGUCCGGAGCAAAUCGAUUUCUGUAACCGUGUGGCAUUGAUCCCGAUAGAGAUAGGCGAAGCGGAUGACGGAGGAACGAUUGCCCGAAUCAGGUGCAUCUUCUGCACGAACGACAAUGUCAUCAGUUGCCGCCCGGAGCGGUGUGGAGGAAGUUGGAAGGUUAGCAACUUCCUGGCUCACAUUCGCAAUGUGCAUAAGAAUAUAAAUUCGCCGAGUUCGAUGGGUCGAACCGUUGGCGCCGCGGGAACGUGUAAGUCGCCCCCAGUUGAGGUCGUGGUCAAUGAAACCAGCUCCAGUGGGGUUGGGGCCUAUGACUAUUGGAACAACUCGAAUGAUGUAACGUCCAGCCACGAGAACCCGUUCAAACGGAAAGUGGACCAUAUGGGAGGCGGCGAUCCGAUGAUGGAAGAUUACGGAUUUUCCAUCAAAGAGGAACGGUAUCAAUAAUGGCUACAUUAUUUUCAUACGAUAAGUCGAUACACAUACAUUUCCAUCAUAUCGUCGUCUAUAAUAUGGUUAAGGUCCAAUCAAUGCAUUUAGUUUAUUUAUUACUGCACCACGGUAUGCAUAACUAACUAUUAAUGUAAGACAAGAUAGUGAAUAGAUUCAUGUGUUCCUGAAGAAUAUGUGUAGUUUGCAAUAAUAAAAUUAAAUUUAAUUUAUAGUCCCACUGAAAAA